GCCGACCAUAGCGAGGUAGAUGUACCGGAAUAUUUUCUAGAAUUCUAAAGAUUGACGGUCUUAUCUACGUUAAAAUGAGUGCUGUGAAGAUUGGAAUCAUUGGAGGAUCAGGGCUGGACGAUCCUGAUAUUCUUCAUUCCAGACAUGAGAAGUUUGUUGACACACCCUAUGGAAAGCCCUCUGACGCACUUACCAUCGGACAGAUUGAGGGAGUGGACUGUGUUCUUCUUGCAAGACACGGACGCAAGCACGACAUCAUGCCUUCCAAGAUCAACUUCCGCGCCAACGUGUAUGCCCUGAAGCAGGAGGGUUGCACCCACCUGGUGGUGACGACAGCCUGCGGGUCCCUCCAGGAGCAGAUCGCUCCUGGUCACAUCGUGGUCCCGGACCAGUUCAUCGACAGGACCUACAAGAGGAUCCAGACCUACUAUGACGGAGAGGAAGGCAGUCCUAAGGGCAUCUCUCAUAUCGCCAUGCAUUCCCCUUUCUGUGAAAGAACCAGAGAGCAUCUCAUUGCAUCAGUCAAGUCGCUGGGUCUAACGUGCCACGAAAAGGGCACCGUGGUCACCAUGGAGGGGCCCCGCUUCUCCUCGCGGGCCGAGAGCAAGAUGUACCGCAUCCUGGGCGGAGACGUGAUCAACAUGACCACCGUACCGGAGGUUAUCCUGGCCAAGGAGCAGGGUCUGUGUUACGCCGCCAUCGCCUUGCCAACGGACUACGACAGCUGGAGAGAGUCGGAAGAAUCGGUAUCUCUUGAUGUUGUGAUGAAGACCUUUGCAAUGAAUGCUGCUAACGGCAAGAAGGUCCUGCUUGAUGUCAUUCCAAAGAUAGCCAAAGAAGACUGGACAGAAACCAUCCAGGGGCAUGUGGCAACAGCCAAAGAAGCCAUCAUGUGAUCCUUCCAAGCUCCUCUCACAACUUGCAUCUUUGAAAUAUCCAGAAAAGCAGCUGCAUAUAAAACAACCAAGUACUUUUGCCAAAGGCUAUUUCUUCUUAUUUUAAGGUACCAUUUAAUUAGUAAAGUAUUCAUUGACAAUGGUGUAGAAAGAUUUACGGAAUACUGAUGCCAAGCUUUUAAAUAUCUUGUGGAAAUUUCUUCUAUCAAUGACAGGUCCAGGAAGGGUGAAGGGCAAGUGGGGAAAAGAAAAGAAGAACCAUAGGCUGAUUACCGUUUCUUUUAUUCGCAUGUCACAGGUUUACCAGUCUUGUGCCCCCUCCCCCCUUCUUCCAGAGAAUCCACGAUCUGUCACUGUUGUAUACUUAUACUUAUGAAGAUGGUUAUGGCUAUAGAGUUAUUCUUCUGGUAGUUGCUUCUUUUUUUUUUAAUCCAAAACUUCAAAAUAUUUAUUUCUCUUUUAUUUCUCUUUGGUAUUGGACAUUUAUCAUUUGGUUUAUAUUUUGUUUUUCUUCUUGCAAUCAUGGAUAGGUUAUCGAACAGUUCAGGACUAUAAUGUGUAUUGUUAUUCAAAUAACUUUCAUCCAUUUAUUUUCUACAUUUUUGUUUCUUCUUCCAAUCUUUCUUAAGACACGAUUUUACUGGUAAUGAUACCAGAAAACCACUCACUCAUCAAUGACCAUGUUAAGAGAUUUUGUGAUAAAGUAAAUGAUACUCGGUAGUCUAAAUGUGUGCUAUUAAAGGUAGUGUAUCCCUUUUGCAGCCAACAUCAAAUUCUGUAGAACUUUGCAGGAAUCAUGAGUAUGUCUUGUAUGUCCUAUCUGUGAAAUGUAAAUGU